AUGGACAUUGAUUUAAGGCUCUAUCCGUUUGUACCAAUCAAGAGGACAAUCAUAGCCAAACCAGCACUUACUAAAGGGCUAAUUGAGGCGGAAGUUGAUAUUCCUACGCAAUUGAGACAGGCGACAAUCACUAAUGGCGAAUCUAUUAACAAGUCCUGCCAAGUGUACUAUCGCCAAUCUGGUGAAGUUGAGCUGGUAAAUGGUAACCUUGUGGCCGUCGAAGCGGCGGAAUUCGAUUCAAAUAAUCCCCACCCUCUAACUCCACAGUAUUACGUGGUGGCGCGAGAUCUCUCGGAGUUCAACCUUACCCGAGAGACUCACUUGGUAUCAGUCAAUAAUUGUCAAGUUACAUUAAUUGACAACAAUGAUAAGACAUUGUUGGAGGUGACACAGGUCCAGAUACAAUUUGUUGCGGCUAAAUUCGCCCAAGUGGCAUAUGGCCACUGUCGUGUCUAUUGCGAUGAAUUGCAACGAAAACGUAUCAACGGCACCCUCAUCAUUGACUGGUACAAUGACGUGCUUGAAAUCCCCGAACAAUGGGUGAUUCCUCAUGCAACCACCAUAGUGGGACCACAAUUACUUCUACCCCAUACCGCGCAUAUGGUGUGUCCCUAUUGUGAGCAGUUGACCCUUUGCGAACCAGAAAGAUAUAUUGGGCAUUUGACACAAUUUCACGAUGUCGACGGCUUAUUCUUGGCAUAG